GACUCCUUUCUUGCUAAUCGAUCUUUCAACUGUUCAUUUCUCCUAAACCCUGAGCCCGUUAGCUAGCCCUUUCUCGUCGCCACUGAAACUCGCUCUAUCCACUCUUUCCGCCGUCGAAGCCCAAACGCCUGACCAAGCGCACCGCUCUUUCUCAAACUUACCGACGCCCGCCGCGUUGCUCUGCCUUCAGCCUUGGACGUCUGAGCUCGCCCACAAAGGAGUCAUGGCGGACGAGGCUACCAUGGACUCGAGGGAGGAGGUGUCAGAACUUGCACCUUUUGAUCCUGCCAAAAAGAAGAAAAAGAAGAAGGUUGUAAUACAGGAUCCUGCAGAUGAUUCUGUGGAAAAGCUGGCUGAGAAAACUGAAACUUUGUCAGUCUCUGAGGGACUUGAAAGUACCUUCGUUGGUUUGAAAAAGAAGAAGAAGAAACCUGUAGAAACUAACUUGUUGAACGAGGAGAGUCUGGAUGCAGGAGAAGACGGGGAUGAGCAUGUUGCUGAGGAUGAAGAAGGUGGAGUUUCCCCACAACAGCAAUACCCUUGGGAUGGGAGUGACCGUGAUUAUGAGUAUGAGGAGCUUCUGGGUAGGGUCUUUAAUAUUCUCCGGGAGAAUAACCCAGAGCUUGCAGGCGAUAGGCGUAGAACUGUUAUGAGGCCUCCCCAGGUCCUACGUGAGGGCACAAAGAAGACUGUUUUCGUGAACUUCAUGGACCUGUGCAAGACGAUGCAUCGGCAACCAGACCAUGUCAUGGCUUUCUUGCUUGCUGAGCUGGGUACAAGUGGAUCACUUGACGGGCAGCAAAGAUUGGUUGUCAAAGGGAGAUUUGCUCCCAAAAAUUUUGAAGGAAUCCUACGGCGAUAUGUCAAUGAGUAUGUUAUCUGCCUUGGGUGUAAAAGUCCAGACACAAUUCUCUCGAAAGAGAAUCGACUUUUCUUUCUCAGAUGUGAGAAGUGCGGUUCUGGACGAUCGGUUGCUCCGAUCAAAGCUGGUUUUGUUGCCCGUGUUGGUCGUAGGAAUGCAGGGACAUGAGAGAGUUAUUUCAAUAUGCAGCCUUCUGAAACCUAUGAGCUUACGGAUGUAUUAAUGAUCCACAGUUUCCUCUUUUCUUUUCUUUUUUCUUUUUUGGAGAGAACAGUUUACGUUGUAUUGGCUUGAAGUUUAAUAAUUGCAAUAUAUGUAGCUGGGUAGUACUAUGGAGUUGCUUGUUUGGAAUUGA